AUGGUCCGAGUCGCCUCUUCUGCAGGUCUGCUGGCCGCGCUCGCGCUGUCCAACCCGGCGCGGGCUGCGCCGACCUCCUCGUCUGUCAUUGUCGCUGCCACGCCGGUGCCUUCGUCGAGCACGGAUGCCGGCGUCCCGCUGUUCUCCAGCGAGACGCUGCAGCUGACCGACAGUGUCAUUGAUAACCUCGCACCCGUGUUAGACAAUGCGACGGAUCUGUUCGAUUUUGGCAGCAAUGCCUCCUCGGACCUGGCCGCCCGCUGCAUCAGCUGCUUCAGCAAGUGCAAGCUGCUCCCGGGCGACGCCCUCUGGCCGGCCCCCGCCAUCUGGUCGCUCUUCGACUGGCUGCUCGGUGGACGACUGGUGAAGACGGUGCCGCUGGCUGCAUCCUGCUACUCCUCCUGGCCGGAGUACGACCCUGAUCAAUGCCAGGUCGUGUCCGAUAACUGGACCGUGUCCUAUCUUCAUGCCGCGGAUCCCGCCUCCAUCAUGUGGCCCUUAUACGAAGGCCGCUCCUGCAUGCCCACCGACGACCCGUCGGGCGAGUGCACCGUGGGCGGGUACUCCAGCUACGCCGUGAAUGUCAGCAACGUUGCGCAGAUCCAGCUGGCGGUCAACUUCGCCCGCAACGCUGGUCUCCGUCUGGUGGUCAAGAACACCGGCCACGACUUCAACGGCAAGUCCACGGGCGCCGGUGCUCUCGGCAUCUGGACGCACAAUCUCAAGGACAUCAAGUACUACGCCGACUACCAGUCGACCAACUACCGCGGGCCCGCCGUCAAGAUGGGCGCCGGCGUGCAGGCGUUUGAGAUCUAUGAAAAGGCCAACGAGCUGGGCUUCACCGCUGUCGGGGGCGAAGGAAAGUCGGUGGGUGUUGCCGGCGGAUACGUCCUCGGCGGUGGCCACUCGCCCAUGUCGAGCAUCUACGGUCUGGCGGUGGACCAGGUUCUUGCCUUUGAGGUGGUGCUGGCCAACGGCCGCUUUGUGACGGUGACGGAGGAGACCGAUGCUGAUCUCUUCUGGGCUCUCCGUGGCGGCGGUGGUGGCACCUACGGCGUGGUCACCUCGGUCAUCUCGCGCGUGCACCCCAAGGUCGGUGUGACGGUGUCGACAUUCUCCUUCUCGACCAGCAGCAACGUCAGCGUCGACACCUUCUGGGCCGGUGUGCGCGCCUAUUUCGACCGCUUCGCCAUCCACGCCGACGCCGGCACCUACGCCUACUUCUGGGUGAUGGCGACAGGCGCGGACUCGUUCACUUUCCUGAUGAACCCGUUCUUCGCCGUCAACCACACAGUCGCCGAGUACGAGGCGCUGGUGCAGCCGUGGUUCGACGAGCUCGACCGGCUGGGCAUCCCGUUCUCCCCAGCCACCACCUACUACGACAACUUCUACGACGCCUGGGCUGCCGGCUUCCCACUAGAGACCGUCGGCGCGACGACCAUGAUGACCGGGUCGCGGCUCUUCCCGCGCCCCAACUGGGCGGACGCCGCCCUGCGCAACAAGACCUUUGAUGCGCUGAAGACCACCGUCUCGGCGGGCUACCCGCUGCUCGCGUUCAACAUGAAGGCCGAGCAGCCCGCCGGGGUCGCCGACAACGCGGCCAACCCGGCCUUCCGCGACACCCUCAUGCAUGCCAUCUCGUCGGCCAGCUGGGCCGCCGACGCGACGCCCGCGGAGAUCCUCGACACCAUGAACACCUUCACCAACGAUAUCCUGGGCGUGUGGCGCGCGACCUGCCCCGAGUCCGGGGCGUACAUGUCCGAGGCGGGCAUUCUCGAGCCGAACUUCCAGCAGGCGUUCUACGGCUCCAACUACGACCGGUUGUACCGACUGAAGCAGAAGUACGAUCCGUUCGGGGUGUUUUAUGCGCCGACGGGCGUCGGCAGCGAGGACUGGACGGUGGAUAGUGCCGAUGGGCUGCCGGAUCAGAACGGCCGGCUGUGCCGGGUGUGA